GUACCUGCAGGCUUUCUUAUCAAUCCUUAUGGAGAUAUGGUUAUUGUCAAGGAUAUUGACUUUGCAAUAAAACCAUACAGUCCAGUUACUUCAACACGCAAUUUUGAAGCAAAGUUUACAGCAGGAGAGUCCUGCAAUUUAAAUGGAAGCAUGUCUCAUGAGCCUAUAGUUCUGUAUAGUGGCCAGGGUUGGAGUGGAUUUUUAGAACUUUAUUUCCUCAAGUUCACUUUCCAGACUAAAACAGGCUAUGGGCUGUUUUUAUCAGGGGAAGUGUAUAACGAGCCUGCGACACCCAAAAUUCCUAUGCUUCAUACGGUAUGUCCGAAAGAAGUGCCUCUGACAGUCAAGUUCACCGACGAAAUAUCACAAUUUGGAGACAUUUCUGGGGGAAAAGGAUCAUCUUUGGGAAAACUGACAAAACUAAGUCGUAAAGAUAAAUCCUUUGUUGUUCCUAAAGGAAUCGUAGUUACAACAUCUGCUUAUGAAGAGUUUUUGACUCCUGACAUACUAAAUGCAGUGAAAAAAUUAGAAAACGUUGCUUAUGGAAACGUUAAGGGAGAUCUAAAAGAAGAGUGCGAAGUUGUUUCCAGGAAUAUUUUGAACACAUCAAUCCAAAACAAAAUUGCUCAGAGUAUACAGGAAAACUUGAAAGUAGUCUUUGGUGACGGAUUUAAAAACUACAAGUUUGCUGUUAGAUCUUCGGCAACAGGUAUUUGAAAGUACUUUAUUGUG